GGUUUGCUUUGCUGUCUAAAGUUAGAAAAUAAUUCUUUAGUUAAAUAGUAUAUCUUGAAUUGUUACAGAUGUGCAUGAUUUUAAUUUGAGGAUGGAAAUGUAAUGGACUGCGCUGUGAAAUUGUUGUUUCCUUAAUUGAACAUAUAAGCAUGAUUUUUUUAGUUCAAGGAUGCAGGUGUAAUAAAUUGAAAAGGUGGGAAAGAUAGUAACAUCUGAUGUGAGUAGCAUGCAACCUUGACAGAGAACUCAGUAUCUCAUUGAACUAAACUAACAAUAUACACACAGGUAUCAUGCGCCACAAUUAUAUGAACGAUUUUCACAGAUUUAAAGGAGAAAAUACUAAUUCUAUUGAGCAUUACAUUCACAAUCUGCUUCCAUAUCGAUUGCCUCAGAAUAUGCAUAGCUGAACAGCAUAACUGAUUAUCAAACCUACAGAUCUCUGUAGGGGAAAAUUGACAAGCGGAAGCUCAAAAUCAGGAAUAAUUUAUGGUGGUUAGAUAAGCGUUGUUGAUUAUUCUGGCCUCUUAAUGUAUUGUGAUGUUACGGCUGAUGGUUUUGAUUGUGUCUUGUAUACUAUUAGUUAUGCUAUGCUUUGUUUAUUGCUCUGCCUGCCCUCUUGAUACAUGUUAUCAUGCUCAAGCUGAAACAGGGUGCAGAUAGUUGAUUAAUUGAUUGUAGAAUUCUCAAGAGAAGUCAAUCAAGCUCCCUUUUGUGACUCUUUUGCAGACAUGUUGCUUUCCUUCCUUCUUUCUUUUUCUAUCAAUUUUCUUUCUUGAUCAUCAUUCGCUACUUCAUAAAAUUCCAAAUUGGCUCAAACAACAGACUUGAAAGCCUUAACUCUCAUUUAGAACAUCUUUUAAUUAAAUGGAGAGGAGCCUUGUCACAUCUUUGAGUCUCUGACAGUGAAUUACAAAACUGUGAUGUUUGUCAUUAAAUUGAAAAGGGGUGAAAGAUAGUGACUUCCAACAUGAAUAAAGCACCUGGUUUCUCAGUGAUCUAAACCAGUGUAUUCACACAGGAUUAUGUGCUAGAUUUACAGGAAUGAUUUUUACAAAGUAAAGAGUAGAAGAUCUCAAUCCUGUUGGGCAUUACGUUCUGUUCCAUAUCUACUUGCUUCUAAAUCUGCACAGCUGAAUAGCAUAACUGAUAAGCGAGCGUGUUAGUCUUUUUAGGAGAAAAUGCAUGAUUUUUGCAAAUUGAUUGUUUUUUUUUCUUUUAACUUUUUGACUCAAAGAAAAGCUAUAAAUAUGUUUGGUUAAUAAUAACUUUUGAUUUGAAUCAAAAGGUUGUUACAAAAUUGAAUAAAGAUUUUGUAUUAAUCAAAUUUUCAACUUGUAACUUAUUGAUUCUAACUUGUACUAUCUUUCCUCUUCAAAAAAGUUGUUUCAAGUAUUUUUUUUAACAAACCUGUUUGUAACAUAAACUCAUUACUGUCAUAAGUUAUUUGUGAAAAAUAACUUUUGAAUCAAGACUCAAAGUCAAAAAUUAGUUGAAAACAAACUUUGAGUAAUAAAACAUGAAAUUGAUGGAAGAACUAGAUUAUAAUAAUUUGAAAAAUCUAGGGACAAUAAAGAAUAAUUAAUAGUUUUGCUAAAUUAGAGACUAAUUAUAUUUAACUGUAUAACCAAAUGAUACGUGUGCUUGUCACAUGUGUGUUCUUGCAUGUUUUUAUGGCAGGUAGUAGGUGUAGAUUAACUUCCAUAUGAGCAAUUUCAUUUCUUUUUUCUAUUUGGUUCUGUCCUCAUUCUGCUUUGAACUUACCAAUGCUUUGAUCUCUUCCCUCAAAAACCCUAAUUUCAGAGCACAAAGAUUGAUCACUCAAUCGUUUGAGUUUGAGUUCAACUCUAAAUUGAUACUUGAGGAACCCGAGAAGAGUGAGAUCUAGGAGAAACCUUUGAAUCCCAUAUUUUGGAAAGAAAUGUCUCUAUCCAAAUUGACCAAGAAAGACUGUGUUUCAGAUGUCUCAGACAGAUUCUUUCAAUUACCGGAUGAAUUGAUUGUAACCAUCCUGACAAGAACUAAAGAUGCCAAAACCCUUAUUUGUUGCUUGUCAGUUUGCAAGCGCUUGCAAUGCCUUGUCACCAAAGUUGACACAAUCUUCCUUAGAUUCUCGUAUCCGGGCGAGGCUGGUCAGUAUCUCCCAUGCUGGAAAUCACAUUACCACAUUCUGCAAUCAACAAUCCCUGCCCUCAUGAAAGUGUUUGUUAAUCUGAAAGCUCUUGAAAUUAAGCUCUGCCUUUGCCCUUCACUACUCCCUUGUUAUUAUGGAGUAUCUCGCAGGCGUAGCUUCAAGUUCCUGCUGAAGUCUGUGGACAUGAAUGAUAAAAUGCACACUCGUAUGUGUACAGCCUUUGACAUUGGGUCGUUGUUAAGUGCUGAUGGGGAGAUUUCUUUCCCUGAAUCAAACAUGAUGUAUAUUGGAAACGGCAAGAGCUCUCUGAUGUUGUCCUUUUUUCUUGUAAUAUUAUGCCAUCGGCCUAAAACGCUGAGAAGCAUGGUGAUUUUGAGUUCUGAGAGUUAUGGGUCAGAAGGUAAGGCACAGUAUAGAUCAGAAGAUAAGGAGGGGUGUAGAUCUGAAGGGAAUGUGUUUAUGGAAUCUGAACAGGUCGCCAGGUUUCGUGCUUUGAGUUCGACGACAAGAGUGGAUGAGAGCUGGCUCAAGGAUCCACAGAAUUUGGUUUGUUGGCUUGAGAAUCAUGAGGAAAAUAAGCAUCAGCUUGCAGAGAAGUUGUGGCUUAUUCAUAAAUGGGAAGGGGAGAGAUGCAACAUGAAUGAGUCAAUUGUAAAGAAGAGCGACGUGGAGGAGUUGCUGCGUGCUUUCGAUGAGGACAUUGAUGAAAACAAUGAAAAUGAAGAUUUCUUCCGAUGUAGUAACAUGAGUACUAUGGUAAGUUCGAGGGCUUGCUUUACUCCCUAAAGUUAGAAAAUAAUGCUUGAGUUAAAUGGUAAUCUUUUAACUGUUACAAGCGUGUUUUUUAUUUUAUUUUAUUUAGUUCAAGGAUGGAAAUUUAAUAACUUGAAAAGGCGCGGAAGUAGUAACUUUCGACGUGAGACUUUGAUUGAGAACUCAGUUUCUCAUUGAACUAUAUAAUGUGUUAUGAAAUUGUUGUUUCCUUAAUUGCAAUACAAACAUGUUUUUUUAUUUA